AUGGCGUCUCGAUCGUAUAUCUUCAUUUUAUUGGCGUGCUUUCUGGCGCUUUUCAUAGGUACGGAUGCACGACCUUCAGUCCAUUCAAAACGCCAUCCGGGGAAGAACAGUAAAUGGAUUCCUACAUGGGGGAGUAUGCCGCAGCUUACGGAGCCUGCCAAUCUUCCUCCAGCUCCAUAUAACCAAACCGGCGUAGUUUUCAAAGAUUCAACAGUCCGUCAAACAAUCCGCACAACCAUCGGUGGUUCUCAAAUACGUCUCCGCUUCUCAAAUGCUUUCGGUCCAGUUGAUCUCCCCAUCACUGCGGUGACCGUCGCUCUGUCAUCAAAUACUACGGCUGGUGGAGAAAAUGCUAUUCAAACGAAGACGCUGAAAAGCGUGACGUUUAGCGGAAGCUCGAGUUUUGUCGUUCCACAGGGCGCGCUGGUGGUUUCGGAUCCAAUUGAUUUUGCGGUGAAGCCAUUGACUAUUUUGACUAUUACGAUGUAUCUUGCAGAUGGACAACAGGGAAACUCAAUUACCUCACAUCCAGGAAGCCGAACGACUUCUUGGUUUGUACAGGGAAACCAAGUAACAGCAGCCUCAUUAAGCGGACCAUCACUUGCCAACGCUGCUCACUGGUACUUCUUGAGUAACGUCGAAGUCGCUGUUUCUCAAAAUGCAAAAUCAUUCAUUUUGAUUGGAGACUCCAUAACCGACGGCCGCGGCUCAACCACAAACCUCAACAAUCGAUGGCCUGAUCUUCUCGUUCCCCGACUUCUUUCCCGACCUCAGACUUCUCAGAUUUCCGUUAUAAACCAAGCCGCCGGCGGAAACCGCAUCUUAAACGACGGACUGGGACCCAAUACCCUCGCCCGUCUCGACCGCGACGUUCUCGCCCAAGGCGGCGUCGAAUAUGCCAUGAUCUUCGAAGGCGUCAACGACAUCGGCACCGCUGCCACGGACGCGACUACGCAGAAAACAGUCGGUGAUAGACUGAUUUCUGCCUUCAAGCAAAUUACCACGCGUCUGAGAACCGCGGAUAUAACUGUAUACGCGGCGACGAUCACACCUUUCUCUGCGCCGGCAAAUUACACAGGCCAGCCAUACAGCGACCCGGAACGCGAAAAUACUCGUCAGAGAGUGAACAAAUGGAUUCGUGAAAGCGGGAAUUUCGAUGAGGUGGUUGAUUUUGAUGCGUUGUUGAGAGACGCCAAGAUUCCAAGUCAGUUGGACGCGAGGUAUAAUUCGGGGGAUUAUUUACAUCCGAAUGUGGUUGGGUAUCAGAGAAUUGCGGAUAAAUUUCCGCUCGACAUCUUUUAA